AUGGCGUCAAGAUCUGACACAGAGCUCUUGACAGAACACUUUGGUUACCCGCCAGUGAGCCUCCUCGACGAGAUCAUCAACGCAAUCAACUUCCUCGCCGAACGCGCCCUGCACUCGAUCGAGCAGGGUCUGCUCAACGCGCCGCCCGCGUCGCUGGGGUUCCGCCCGUCCAAGUACCGCUCCAAUGGCAGUACCAGCAAUACUACCGACCAGAACAACAACAAUAGCAACAACGGUGACCACCACCGGGGUGGGGAGGACGAAGAUGAUGACGACCCGGCGCGCAGGCACCGCGACGAGGUCGAGUCGGGCACGCACCAGCUCGAGACGCUCCUCUGGGCGAGCAUCGACAAGAACUUUGACCGCUUCGAGAUCUAUGUCAUGCGCAACAUCCUGUGCCUGAGGCCCGUCGAGAUGCAGUGGAUCCGGCUGGGGCACUAUGAGGGGCUGGACUUUGCUCCUUUCUUUUCUUCUACCGUAGAGCAGAAUGAUGGAGUAGGAGGAGGAGGAGAAGAAGAAGAAGGGAAUGCGCCGCCCGGUGCGCGGGUGGAGAGUGUCAACCGGCUUAGAAGGAAGCUACAGGCGAGUCAGCGGCUGCAUGGUAUGCUGGUCGCGGAGCGGGCGCGGAAUGCGGCCUUGUUGGGAGAGAUGAGGAGGUUGAUUGGCGGUGCGGUGCCGGGGGUCAAGAGCGAGACCGGUUCGUCUUUGGCUUCUUCCAGUGGUGGACAGCAGCAGCAGCAAGGGGGAAGGGAAGAGCAGCAGAGCCAGACGAAACCGCCGCUCCGGUUCUUGCAUGAGAAGGGCCACCUCGCCGAAGGCGAUGCCGAGACGCCGCUCACGACCACGACGGCGUUUACGCUGUCGCAGUUGCAGUCGCUCAGGGCGCUGUCGGCGGUGUUGAGGGCAGCGAUGCCCGGUUUGGCCGCCGCGGGAGGAGAGGAGGUUGACGAGGAGAGAGAGGGUAGCGACAAGGGUGGGAAGAAGAGCUGGCGGCGGGAGAGGUUGGAGUAUGUGGAGAUGGCGACAAGGAAGCAUCUGGAGAAUGUGCGCGGGCUGGAGCUGGGUAAGAACGGCGAGGUGAGGGACGGCGAGUGGGAUGGCGGUGGGCGGAAUCUGGCCAAGGGUGAGGUCGAGAGCCUGGAGAGGGUGGUGAGCAUCCUUGGAGGGAGUAGGGACGAGCAGGGCAGGAUGGACGAGUCAUGA